AUGGAGAGCCUGAGCAGUGCUCUGAAGCAAAAGGCAACGGAGAGGCAUCACAGAGCAGAGGUCAUGAUCGCAGGCGAGCAGCUCAGGCUUCGGCUCCACGAUGGCAAGCUAAUCAAGGACAGGCGCUACCAUCUCCGUACCUACCCCAAUUGCUUCGUGGCCAAGGAGCUCACCGAUUGGUUGAUUGAUCACAAAGAAGCCCCGGAUCGUGAAACGGGCAUCCGGCUGAUGCAGAAACUUAUGGACCACUACAUCAUCCAUCAUGUUUGUGAUGAACAUCUCGACUACAAGGAUGCCAAGCUGCUGUAUCGCUUCCGCAAGGAUGACGGAACCUUCCCCCUGAACAGGGACGUCAAGGUUUUCUUGAGGGGCCAGACCCUCUAUGAGACACUGAUCAGCGUGGAAGAUCCCAUCCUGAAGGUCAGAGAGGAGAACUCUGUGAAAUACCAAAGGACCUUUCUGGGCUGUGAAAUGGUCGACUGGCUCGUCCAGGAAGGUGAAGUGGCAACCCGGAAAGAGGCCGUGGAGCUCUGCCAGGCUCUCCUGGAACAUGGGCUCAUUCAGCACGUUUUGGCCUGGUACCAUUUCCAUGACAGCGACCUCGUCUACCAGUUCUGCAUCAAUUUCCGCCGGAGGAGGCGCCUCACCGAGCUGCUCAGUGAGCUCUCGCCCAGGCCGCUCUCAGACAGCCCCGACAGCCCCUUCUGCCUGCGUAAACUCAACCCUGAGCAGAACGGAUCCAGCUUUCUCUCAGUCCAGCCCAAUAAGGAAAUCAGGGCAGUCUCAGCCGUUCGAAGGAGCAGCGUCACCUCGCUUGCCGGCUCGUCCAGCUCCUAUUUCAAUCUCUCCCCGAGCUUGGGCUUCCUUCCAGCUAUUGAGUGCAACCCUAAAUCUGUAUUAAAGAGACGUGUCACCAACGAAGAGCUCCUGAACCCUGGGGCCCCGUAUCUCAAGAAAACACUAACGAUUGUGGGAGAUGCAGUAGGCUGGGGAUUUGUGGUGCGUGGGGGCCAGCCUUGCCACAUCCAGGCUGUAGAUCCAGGAGGACCCGCAGCUGCUGCUGGCAUGAAGGUCUGCCAGUUUGUCUACUCUGUGAAUGGGGUGUACGUUCUGCAUUUGGACUAUCAGACCAUCAGCAGCCUGAUUAUGACGGGACCUCGCACUCUUGUCCUGGAAGUGAUGGAAGCUGCUGAAUGA